CAGCAGUGUUUAUAUGGGCCCAACUUGACGUUGUUUGGAUCCAUGCGAAGGUGUCAUCUUCAAGACAUUCAUUAGAAAGUGCUAGAAAAUAUUAUCCCCACUUAUCUGGCUUUUAGUGCGAUGCAAGACAUGAAGAAAUACGGAGAGCUAUGGAGAGUAGAUUCUGUGUUUUGAACGACACCGAAGACUUCCAAACGCGGAUUUCAAACACUGAGAACAAUCUCCACUUCGAAAGGUCUAAGACACUGUUUGAGGAAAUCCGUGCCUCCAUCAACAACAAUGACGAAGAGGACCGCUCCUUCUGGAGGCCUGUGCUCCCGUGGGGUGGCGUCUUUACCAUUAAGGCAGGGCGGAAGGCCAUAUCAUGCACCCCCCUAUACGUCAAAAUCAACCUAAAAAACACCUGCACUAUUGAUGGCUUCCUCAUGAUCCUGUAUGUGAUCCUGCGGGACAACCAGGGGUUUCCCAGGGAGCUGGCCGUCUUCCUAGGCAAGCAGUUUGUGGAGUAUUUCCUCUACCUGAUGGACUCCUGUGAUUACACCACAGUGAAGAUGCUGUGGAUCUGGGACAGGAUGUCCAAAAGACAGUACCGCUCAGAGAUCCACCAGGCUGCCCUGGAGAUUGACCUGUUUGGUAAUGAGCAUGAGAACUUCACAGAGAACCUGGAGAACCUCAUGUCCACCAUGCAGGAGAGCCUGUGCACCAACUGGAGCUGUCCAGCCCGCUUCCAGGAAUUCGUCAAGAUCACAAUCAACAUCAGCCCUCCUCAUGAGCUGCCUCACAGAGACCCUAUUCAGUCGGCUGUGGACGAGUUCUUCUGCCCCAAGCUCCUACUCUGCUCAGAACUGGGGUGUGAUGGUCUGAGGGAGUUCUCUCAGAGGGUCUUCUGCCAUGGACCACCACCUUUUGUCAUUCUCAACAUGCAGCAGUGGAAGUCAGAGGAGCUGUCCUACGUUCCUUACCACCUGGCUCUCUGUCAGCAUCGGUAUUUACUAGAGGGCGCCACACUCUUCAACAAGGAGGAGCAUCACUACUCUGCAGCCUUCCAGAUAGACGGCUGCUGGAUGCACUAUGACGGGUUGAGGAGUGACAAUCUGAUCCUGUUACACAAGCCACCAGAGCUCCUGCUGCUGUCCUCUCUGGUCUACAUCCGCGCCUCCGACAAGUGAACUCAUCAAGUGGACAUACAGAUGAUGAGCAGGAGUCGCACGAAGCACAAGAUUGAAAACAUUCAUCCGCCCUGCCUCUGAUUGUAAUGCCAUGACCCCAUGGAUAGCAUUACAUUACUGCAACCAUGUUCCUCUACUUAUCACAUUACUCAAAUUUUUUAUGAAUUCCUGUCAGCAUUUACUUCCUGUUUGCUGUGCGGGUGCUGAAUGACACAUGCUCCAUGUCACCCGAAUGCUCGCAGAAAGCUUACUGUGCAAAAUGAAAAUGACUUCUUUUUGGGCAUGCUUGGAAUCCAAGAAUAUAAUGGACUAUAAUAGUUCUGGGUUGAUAUGCAUAAAUGAUCAUAUCCGUGAAUAAUGCACACAGUAUGCAUUACCUUCCACACAGAGGAGACUGAUAUGAUUUCAAAAAUGGCAUGGUUGUUAGAUGGAUUACACUUUGAGGUGCAUUUUCUGAUGACAUUGACUGUAUCCAUUUAACUUUACAUUUAUGCAUAUCAGCCCUUUCCUAAAAUUGAAUUGGUGCUUUUUUUCUAUGUACAUUGUUGUGUGAGGGUAGAGAGGGAGGAACCAAACAUGUCAGGUCAACUUGUUUUUUUCUUACCAUGUUCAAAUGAGUGAAUGUUAAAAUACAAAUUUCUUAAAUCAUAUAAAUGUUGAGAAUUGAAAUAUUACCUGUUUGGCUUCCAGGCCACUAAGCUGGCAACAUGAUGAAUUGAAUUCAAGCAUUUUAACACUAUCUCAGCACACACUGCAGUCUCCAACACAGAAAAUACGUACAUUUUCAUGUUAUCUUACUUUGUAAUUUUCAAAGAUUUACUGGUAUCACACAGUGCCUCUGCCAAGGAAAGUUUGUAUAUGUGAAUCCUGUUGAGCAUAAAUCCUUAAUCAAAGUUCGUUUUUGAUGGCUGUUUUUC